GUGAAGAUGAUCAAGGAGAGCAUCAAACAAGACUACUCGGUGUGCGCUGACUGCGAUGCGGACAUCUGCAUCUACGAGGCUUCUCAAACCCACCCGACCGUGGCGAAGCACCCGCUGUGGGACGAGUACAUUGUCAAUCCGUCCACGUACCGCGCGAUCAAUCUCAUCGCAUCGAAGAGUUCAUUGCUGGACCCUCAUGCUGGGGGCAUCGUUUCUGGCGUGAGCUGCGAGCCCAAAUGGCCGUUCACGGUGAAGAUUCAGAAGACGGGCGCGUGGGAGUUCAUCAAAGUUCCUAAUCCUGUGCUGGCUGGUCGCGGCGACGGUGUGUCGUGUGCCGUCCUGAAGACGUGGCUCGUGGUUCAGCUGGCACUUGCGAACGGUAUCCAGCUAAUCAAUGACGUGCGCAUCUUCCGCAGCGACAGCGGGUUGGCCAAGGGCCACUCCCUGGCGGGCGAUGAUGACGUGUGGAAGAAUCUCUGGUACUUCGCCAUCGUCGACCCGACGCUCGAGCCACUCUGGGAGUACCCCGACCACAGCUCGCCCGACUCUCUGGCCAGGGGCUGGAAGGACGUGCAGCCGACCACGGGGGCGACGACGCUCGAGGACGACGUCCUAGACGGGCCGCAAUGCUGGUGGUUGUGA